AUGCAGCCAGAGGCGAAACGCGGACGCAUCUUGGAUCCUGUGUCACUCGCCCGUCGUCGCUCUUCGGAACGCGAUGUCCGCCACUACACCACACAAGAGAUUCGUCGACAAGCAGCCGCACGCGAUUCCAAUCUAUCGAGAAAGUCUUCUCGUGGUGGGCAUCAGUCAGGCGCGAAUUCCCGCGGUGGACAUGACGAAUCCAGAAAAAGCCGCUCGAUGAAGAAACAGCGCGAUCGAGAGCGUAGGAAGUCCAGAAGCAGUCGCUCUGCUAACCGAUCGUCGUCUGUAGACCCUGGAUACAUCCCACAUGCUACCUACCACAACUCCUAUGAAUCCGAUGUUGCGUCCUACAAAUAUGGAAUUCAGAGUAGCUCCUUUUCCAAAGCUCCUCCCUUCGAUCACCAUCGCUACUCCUCCGAAGCACCUCCCUUCGACCGCAGUCGGCUUAGUAGCGGCGACCGGUACGGACACGAAGCCGAUUACGUUCAUCAUCGUAAGAAUCGCGCCUCGUCCGAAGCUCCGCCCAUCCAUCACAAUCGUUCCACAGGUUUUGAUGGAUAUAUACAUGAAAUUGGCUACGCCCCGCCUCGCCGGCACAAUGAACACAACAAGCCUGUUUUCAAGCAUCCUGGGGAUUAUUUUUCGACCGGAAGGUACAAUUCUGCCAAUGACUCACGCGUCGCAACGUACAAGCAUGGGCUUCCAUCUGCUGAAAACGCCUUUGACCCACAAAUGACCAAUGAUCGCCAUGGAUUCUCAGAACGUGUAAGAGCUUACGAUCUUGGUCAAUACGGACACUUCGAUUCUGAGGCGCCAAGAGGUCGCGCACGGGACCGUCGUUCUUCAUCCAUGGACAACGCUCCACGAGGCCAUGGGCCAAGAGGUCAUGUGCUAAGAGGGUACGCGCCAAGAGGUCAAGCGGAAAGAGGCCAAAAUCCCAAAAUUCCCAAGAAGUUUCAACGCCCGUGCCGGCCAUUACAAAUCGCACCGGACUACGAGCGGGUCUACGCUGCUCGCCGAACGUUGUGCUCAAUCCCCUCGUCUGCGCAAAAACCGGUCAAUUUUCACAUAAAAUUGACGCGCCCGCUCACCGAAAGGCAGGAUUUGGUGAACAAAUUGUACGAAGCAUUCGAUUAUCGCUCGAAAGAAGGCGAAACCUGGGAAGAUUUGAAACGGAGAGUUUUGGAGGCGGAGAGAGAAUUAAUGGCUUACGAAGAGCAACACCAAGACGAGGAGAAGAAGAAACGGUCGGCUGUGAUAAGGGCAAGGCUGAUUCGAGACAACCCAGGCUGCGAUCAGCCAGGUUAUCGCCGUCGAUCGCGGUCGAGAAGCUGGAGCUGUUCGCCCAAUAAACGAUAUAAGGACAUCUUUGAGUUCUAA